AUGGAUAUUACAAACAAUUCUGCUCUAAUUGAAGCCCUGCUAUUAGAAGAGCUUCCGGACUGCAACGAAGAGUCUGAUGCAGGUGUGUCCGAUGAUGAAGUAGAAAAUCUUCAACUACCCUCACCAAGAGGCUUCGAUGAGAGAACAAUGUUGAGCUCUGGGGGAGGCGUAGGGUACAGUGCCCUGGUGGUGCUUCUAGUGUCCAUGGGGGCGGCAGUAGAGCUGUACGACGUCAGGCCUGAAGAUGUGGACGAUUUGGCUUAUCAGGAGGUCAAUGACAUAGACACCGGAGCCUUCAGAGCUGAUACUCCAGACAGGAUUGUUGAAGACGUGAUGCUGAGCCGGAUCCUGGACGCCAUAUCACGUGACCAGCUCACCACGAAGCUGAAGUCAAAUUACCCCGAACCCCGUAUGUUGGAACAGCAGUUCACUCCAGACAUGAAGGCAGUCUUCAAGAGGUUCCCGGCUGCUCUCAGAUCGCAGCCCAUCAGGCCACAGCAGAAAUGGAAGAUCAAAAAGGGGAAAGCGCUUGGUUCACAAAUGGUGUGCUACUUCAAGCUGUGCGCUUUCCGAUCUCCUCACUAACUAUAGAGAAUAUAUCAGCUGACCAUGGCAAAUUUAUGUACAGACAAUAGCAAAACAAAGAUAUAAAUAGUAUAUAUAAAAACUAUAUAUAUAAAAAGAUGAGUUAGCAUACAUACAUACAUAUGGUCACGUCUAUAUCCCUUGUGGGUUAACAGAGCCAACAGUCUUGAAAAGACUGAUAGCCCACGCUCAGCUAUUUGGCUUAAUGAUAGAAUUGAGAUUCAAAUAGUGACAGGUUGCUAGGCCAUCGCCUAAAAGAAUCCAAGAAGUUAGCAACCUGUCACUAUUUGAAUCUCAGUUCCAUUAUGAAGCCAUACAGCUGAGCGUGUCCUUUCGGUAUUUUUAAGACUGAUGGCCCUGUCUUCCCCGCAAGGGAUAUAGUCGUGUUAAAAUGUAAUAUAUAAAAACAAUCGCUGGGCGUUUGCUAAUACUUGGUGAAUUGCUUGCUGCAUCACUUAAAUCUGAUUAUACUCGUAUCUACUACCGCUUCCAAAGCGCAUGUGUAGAAGAAGCGGCGUAACAGCAGCAUUUUUGUUGGGCUUAAAUUAUUAAGUUUUAUUUCACGAAUAUUAUUUCCCCUAUAUUCCCCUAUGUAUCGGGAAUGGCAAGACAGUUUCCCUUUUGCGAUAUUGUGGUAAUUAAGGUGUAUAUUCUACGUUCAAAAUGAAUGUAAGUACAAAAGUUAUGUUGAAAUAUUAUACGUUCAAAUUUCACACGUCUUAGACAAUCUCUUCUUCCUCCUGGCUUUAGUCCCGGUUGCAACCUCACCACUCUGGAGAGGAUCCCGGGGCAAGACCUUGACCAGGGAUCCUAGAUUGGGUGAGUCAGGUUUUUACACGCUUAAGACUAACUUUUGAACGAAAUUAUGGGGCUCAUGGACGCCAUCUUUCGAAAAAAAGUCGAAUCUUGGAAUUGUUCUGCUAUUGUCUGUAGAAAACUUUUUUAAAUUAAAAUUUAGUAGAUAAUUGUUGUUAUUAGCGUAGACGAUUAUUGUAAACAAGGAGUUUAUCGAUUCACAGUUUUACA